GUCGGUGUCAAAACGCAAAAUUGAAAAGGAGCCACGGCGAGCGUCGUUGAAGAGAGACUGAAUCAGCAGCGAUUCUCUUUUUGUCGUGCGAAAGCCAGCGAAUUCAUGGUCUUUCGAUGCUCACGCCCUCCCGAUUCCAAAAGUCAAGCUCUGGUCUUCCUCGAUGGAUCCAUUCAACUGGCUCAAACAAACAGGCUCAGAUAUAUCAACGAAAGCGGGAACAUGUGCCCAAUAAUGUCUUGCACAGGCCUACGGUUGACACAGUCGCGGAGAGGCAGGAUGUUAAGACAUCGAUGGCUGUGCAGAAACCCCGGCGCAGUCUGCGAAAUGCACUCGGAGUGCAGCUUUUAUCGCAAUCUCUUCACGAUCAAGUCUUCAAAAAUUGUUCCUUCGCAGCACCCCCGAGAAUCUUUACGAACAUUGCACUUGCGCAUCUACAGGCCCACGAACUCAAUCCAUCUCAAUCCUCCAAUCUCCCCUCCACUGAAUUCAGCCUUCCCCCUCUCCAAGGCAAUAAUUUGCUCGAACAUUUCUAUCGGAUAGGCUCGUCCAACGCAGAACCUUACCUUUCUUUGGCCAAAUCGUUUGCUGAUGCCCAACUAUGUCCUCCUCCAGAACAUUGGAACAUCCAGGCCGGAUGGACAAAGUACAUAUAUGAAAGCGAUGGAUCAGGAUACCACGAACAUGUCCCAUACCCCAUGCAUGAUGGAAAACCUGAGCAAAUGCUUUCCUUCGAUAUCGAAAACCUUCCGAAAUAUCAUCCCUUCCCAGUCCUGGCCUGCGCCGCGUCUCCUAAUGCUUGGUACGCGUGGAUAUCUCCCUGGAUAUUGGAUCCUUCAAAUGCAUCACCAGAACAGCUUAUACCUCUCGGUCCUCCCGACGUCCCGCGCAUUGUUGUCGGCCACAAUGUGUCUUAUGACCGGGCGCGUCUUCUUGAGGAGUACCACGUUGAUGGAACAAAGAAUCGCUUCCUUGACACCAUGGCACUUCAUGUGGCUGUUAAGGGGAUUUCGUCCCACCAAAGGCCCGCGUGGAUGAAGCACAAAAAAAACAAGGAAGAGGUCAAAGUGCAGCGACGAGAAGCCCUUGAGGUUGUACGGAGUAUGAUACAGGAGGUACAAGACGGCAUGGACGCGCUACGGGAAUCUGAGGCCGACGGGGACAUCGAUGGAGAAAGUAGAGCCGACCUCAUCAGACGUUGGCAGGAGCUUCAGGAAUUUAUGCCUGGACAUCAGGCUUCGCUGGACCGCAUACACGACAGCUUCCUACCUGGUCCUCCUCCGGGGAGUGAAGACGUUGAGGAUAAUGAUAAUGUUCAAUCGCGAUGGGAGGAUUUGACAUCGAUGAAUUCUCUAGCAGACGUGGCAAAACUCUACUGCUCCAUUGAUCUUUCCAAAGAGAUUCGAGAUGACUUUUUGACCUGCACUCCCGAAGAAAUCCUUGCCAACCUAUCUGACUAUAUCAGCUAUUGUGCCAGUGAUGUCAAUGUCACACAUCAAGUAUACACUAAAGUGUUCCCGGGUUUCUCCAAGAAUUGUCCUCAUCCUGUCAGUUUUGCGGGAAUAUUGACAAUGGGAAGUGGGUUUCUACCGGUAAAUCAAGAAUGGGAGGCAUACUUGGAGCGUUCGGAGGGCCUUUGGAACAAGAUGUCGAAGGGCGUUAAGGAUGGUCUAGAAAGCCUUGCUAGGGAAGCUGUUAAGAACCACCCAGUUGGUGCUGAGGGAGGCGAAGACAAGUGGAAGGAUGAUCCUUGGUUAAGCCAGUUGGAUUGGACUCCGAAGGUCGUUGGCAAGACUCGGGGUGUAUUCCCACCAGAGGCAGAGGUGGAACCGCCCGCAAAGUCACAACCUUCUGGGGUCGUUCCGCGGUGGUAUAGUCGCCUUCUCGAUGAUCCACUCUCAGUAUAUGUCAUCGACCGCAUUCUGCCCCUUCUCCUGAACCUGUCUUUUGACGGUCAUCCCAUGGUCUUCACACAGAAGGACAAAUGGCAUUAUCUUCAGGGCAAAAGAAAGACUAUCCGCCGUCUACCUACGGCAUCAGGUCUCACGAAGUACUUGCUUCGGCCUAGACACGCACUCAAGCUUCUGGACGAGGGUCAGAUGAGUUCGUGUGAUAACAAAUUGGCCAUGAAGCUCUGCCGACCGGAGAAUAAGCUGAAGAAGGAGGUCCUGAAGCUAGCGAAGUCCGUUUACAGCAGAGGUCUGACAGAGAAACAGAUCAUCAAGGAUCCUUGGUACAGUCAACUGGAUUGGUCCGAGGUUACAAGUAAUGCUGCUCAGGCCGUUUCGAUUGUGAGACCAAAGCCUAAGCCCAAACCCGUCAAACCCCCGCCUGUGUAUUGGCCCAAGUGGUUCUGGGACCUAACCAAGCCAAAGAAGGAUAUGCCUCCCGCAUCACUAGAUAUCACCAUGAAGAAUCGCUUUGCUCCACUUCUGCUCAGGAUGUCCUGGCUCAAUUAUCCUUUGUCCCAUUCUCGAGAAUAUGGCUGGACAUUUCGUGUACCGCCGCGGCCGGAGGGCGAGCCAAUUCCCGAGAACAUGAAACGACUGAAGGCCCUUAAUUUCCACGACGACGCUGAUGAAUCCCUUCAGAUCCUUAGGUCUGAGGGUUACACAUUCUACAAGCUACCGCACAAGGAUGGCGAGACAGCAAAUGUUGGGAGUCCUUUGACGAAGACUUUCAUGAAUUAUGCCAUUGAUGGAACGCUAAGCUGUGGUGCCGGUGAAACAGCUAACGCGAUUGUCGACGUCGCCGUCCAGGGCAGCUAUUGGAUUAGUUCUCGGGAUCGAAUUAGGCGUCAGAUGGUUAGCUGGCAGGACCCGAAAACAAACCGGUGGGAUAUGGGGUUCCCAGCCGAGCAGGACACAGAGGGAGAACGGCCAAAGAAGUGGGGCAUUAUCCUUCCUCAGGUCAUAACAAUGGGCACUGUUACUCGACGGGCCAUUGAGAAGACUUGGCUGACUGCGAGCAAUGCGAAGAAGAACCGUGUCGGGUCUGAACUCAAAGCCAUGGUUCGGGCCCCUCCUGGUUAUGCCAUCGUUGGUGCUGACGUUGAUUCCGAAGAGCUGUGGAUUUCUAGUUGUAUGGGAGACGCACAAUUUGGUGCUCACGGUGCCACCGCCAUCGGCUGGAUGACACUCGAAGGCACGAAGGCCGCAGGAACCGAUCUUCAUUCCAAAACGGCCAAGAUUUUGGGUACUUCUCGUAACCAGGCCAAGAUUUUCAACUAUUCUCGCAUUUAUGGCGCUGGUAUGCGUCAUGCAAUACUUCUUCUUCAGCAGGGGAACUCAAAAAUGACCCCGGAGGAGGCUCAUAAGCUCGCAUCAAAUUUGUACGCGUCAACGAAGGGCAAGAAUACGUAUCGGACAGACAUUUUCGGAAGGAGGUUUUGGUUUGGUGGUAGCGAAAGCUUUCUGUUCAACAAGCUGGAGGCGAUAGCUUUGUCCGAUUUGCCUCAGACGCCUGCCCUGGGUUGCGGCAUCACACAAGCCCUGUGCAAACAGAACCUUCCAGAAGGUUUUGGUUCGGACUAUCUGCCUUCACGGAUCAAUUGGGUCGUACAGUCCUCGGGAGUGGAUUAUCUUCAUCUACUCAUCGUUUCAAUGGACUAUCUGAUCAAGAAAUUCGGUAUCCAGGCUCGGUACCUCAUUUCCGUUCAUGAUGAACUCCGGUAUUUGGUGAAGGAAGGAGACCAGUACCGCGCCGCGCUCGCUCUGCAGAUUGCCAAUCUCUGGACCCGGAGCAUGUUUGCGUACAAAUUGGGUAUGGACGAUCUACCUCAGGGAGUAGCCUUUUUCUCUGCGGUGGAUGUCGACAAAGUGCUUAGGAAAGAGGUCGAUAUGCCUUGCAUCACUCCAUCCCAGCCGGAGCCGAUUCCUCCCGGUGAAUGUCUAGAUAUAACCCAGAUACUGGAGAAGACAAAUAAUGGCUCUCUAUGGCGAGACGGUCGCGCUAUGGAAACGAAGAUCAACGAACCUUUUGAGGGCUCAUUAGAGGGUUAUGUUGAACCUGAUUGUUUAAUCCACCGUUCCCCCAGCCCUGCCUGGCUUCAAGCGCAAUCAACUAAAGAUUUUGGCGAAGUCAAACACUUGGCCAAGGAAGAGUCUGGGCUGAAAUUCGUAAGAGAUGCGGGUCCACUGGCGAAGACGAGGGGUAAACGAAGCGACAAGAUCAGUGAUGACUGGGCUGAAAUGGUAGAGCGGGUGCUACAGUCGGGUCGCGACCUUAAUCUAUGGUAGUAUAUAUGGGUAAAGAUUCAUUCCUUUCACUGUACCCAUAAACUUGUAUAUACAGUUAUAUUAUUACAUCCGUUUCCCAUCUCAAAUCUCAUUAAUGCAAGAUUCAGUUGAUUAAUAAUUGUG